AUGUACCAAGCGUUUAUCAGUCGCUCAAGGCCGGCUGUGUCCAACCUCGGCCAACGCAUCCAGUCAGCGGAUCCCUCCCAGCGUCGAAGACACAUCGUACGCUCGGAUACCUAUCGCCGGGACAGCUUCGAACCCGGUCACAUCCCGCUCAGUUCGCUGCGGGUGCAGGCCGCGGCCUGGGGCGUUGCAGGGGCGGGCAUCUUCGCCACCCUGCAUGGAGUGUAUAUGAUGCUGCGGUCGUUCCGGCAGAUCCGCUACCUCUAG